UGUGAAGCUACAAGCCAGCUAGACAACUGUAUGCUAGCCCAGAUAAAUUAGACAAAGAAACCUUGUGAAGAGACUGAAUGAAAAAGAGUCCAAAGUGACGCACGGUGGACGGAGCGAGUAAAACACAAAGCCAUAUGUGUUAUACGAUAUAUAUGGGAAUAUAAAAUUAAAAGGGUGUCAAUUGAAGAUGGGACAAUGAAGGAUUCGGUGAAUACAUAGAGGAAGAACUCCAUUAUUAUACAUUUCAAGAAUCCAAAAGAGCUUUAAAGACGUCAGUGAGUGGUACAUCCGAACCAGUGAUGUCACGGGUUCCUACCCCUCCUCCUCCUGGGGAGAUGUCAAGUGGACCUGUGGCAGAGAGCUGGUGUUACACACAGGUCAAAGUUGUGAAGUUUUCUUACAUGUGGACCAUAAACAACUUUAGUUUUUGCAGAGAAGAAAUGGGAGAGGUGUUGAAGAGCUCAACCUUCUCCUCGGGGCCUAAUGACAAAAUGAAAUGGUGUCUGCGAGUCAAUCCAAAGGGACUUGAUGAUGAAAGCAAAGAUUAUCUAUCACUGUAUUUACUUCUUGUUAGUUGUCCAAAAAGUGAAGUCCGAGCAAAGUUUAAAUUUUCUUUGUUGAAUGCUAAAAGAGAGGAAACAAAAGCAAUGGAGAGCCAAAGAGCGUAUAGAUUUGUCCAGGGCAAAGACUGGGGCUUCAAAAAGUUUAUAAGGAGAGAUUUCCUCCUCGAUGAAGCUAAUGGUCUCCUACCAGAUGACAAACUCACACUUUUCUGUGAGGUAAGUGUCGUCCAGGACUCUGUCAACAUUUCGGGUCAGUCCAACAUGAACAUGCUGAAAGUACCAGAGUGUCAGCUGUCUGAUGACCUCGGGAACCUGUGGGAGUGUUCACGCUUCACAGACUGCAGCCUCUAUGUGGGAGGCCAAGAGUUCAAAGCGCACAAAUCCAUCCUCGCAGCGAGGUCCCCAGUCUUUAAUGCAAUGUUCGAACAUGAAAUGGAAGAAAGUAAAAAGAAUCGUGUUGACAUUAGUGAUGUGGAUCCAGAUGUCUUUAGGGAAAUGAUGGGCUUCAUUUAUACAGGGAAGGCACCAAACUUGGAAAAGAUGGCAGACAAUUUGCUGGCGGCUGCUGAUAAAUAUGCUCUGGAGCGUUUAAAGGUCAUGUGUGAGGAGGCCCUGUGCAACAGCCUUUCAGUGGAGAAUGUGGCCGACACCCUCAUCUUGGCUGACUUGCACAGCGCGGAGCAACUCAAAGCACAAGCCAUAGAUUUUAUCAACAGGUGCAGUGUCCUGAGACAGCUGGGCUGUAAAGAUGGAAAGAACUGGAAUAGCAAUCACGCCACAGACAUAAUGGAGACCGCAGGCUGGAAGUCAAUGAUCCAGUCCCAUCCUCACUUGGUAGCUGAAGCCUUCCGUGCCCUGGCUUCAGCACAGUGCCCACCCUUUGGUCUUCCUAGGAAGCGCCUAAAACAGUCCUGACUGCCCGACUUUAUUCCUGGACUAUAAAGAAGGGUGUGAAGAAUGGGGGUUUUUACAAAGAAAGGACUAGUGAGUGUGCCACUCUUAUUUCCACCAAAACUGAAACACACUUGAAUAAAGAGGAGUGGAGCUUUCUGACCAGAGACGUGGGGGGGAGGCUGGCACAUGGAAGUCUGUCAUCUGUGGAUUGGAAAACAAUUGAUUCAAUCGGUGUUGCUUGCUUGCUUCGCUGUCUCGUCUGAACUCUGUUCAGCGCGGGAAGCUAGCGAAGCUCUCUUCUACAUUUUUAUUUCCUGUAAUUUUCAAAAUGGCCUUAAUAUAUCUGCCAUUGCUCUGGAGCUGCUCUACAGCACUUCGUCUAUUUUACUCCGUGCCUGCCUUGUCACAAAGACCAGGCCUCCUCCAGGUUGCACUAGUUCCCAUGUAUAGUCAUUUUGAUAUGGAGUUCUAUAGGAACGUAACAAAGGUUUAACUAAAUGGGAAAUAUUAUAUAUUUGUAAUGUUUAGCCCGUUUUGUGACUAGACAUUAAAAAGCAUGAACGCUCAGUGCAAGGUCAGCUCUUUACACUUUUUGAAAAUAUGCGUAUGCCCCAUAUUGAUGGCACCAUUUCUAUGUAAAUGACAAUUGAACCAUCUUUAGAAGACCAAUGUACAAGAAAGUGUGUUCUAUUGUGUAUUUGUUGGGGGGAGGGGGGUAGUAAUCUGCCAUCAUGAAGACAAGUGUCAAUCCAUGUAUGAUGGAAAAGUGUCUGUUUGGCCCAAAUAUACAAAAAAAAAAAAACAUUUGAAGUUUAUGGAAAUAAGCUCUCCGUCUCCCAUUCAAAUUACAUAUUCCAGACCAUACAUCUGUGAACUCUUCUUAAAAAAAUGAAUUUGUUCCUUUUAGUAUUGCCAACUUGCAAAUAUAUAUCCUCAGUAUAUUGUGGUGAACUAAAAGUGGAGAGACUAAUGCAUGGUUGUUUUAUUGUCAAAAGAAAGUGUCAAAAGUUAUGUUUUUAACAACUCGUUUUCUGCAAUUAUUUGACAUCUGUGCAGAAUUACAUGAAUUGAGUAUGUGCAAAAAGGUUCCUCUAACAUGCUUGGAUAUCUGUAGGAUGCUGAGCAUCACUUCUACUGGCAAUGUUAUUCUGUGUUUCAAUAGGGGGGGGUGUUGUCAUGGUUAUUCAGUCCGUCUUGUAUGUAGUGUGGUGUGACAGACACUUCGGAGGAUUUUGUAAAGUGAGAGUAACAUCAUUUUUCUAUGAUAUUGCUCGUCAAUCAGCGUCACGUUGAAACUUUGGAAAAAUUAUGAAGUCGUUGUCUGCAAGAAUGCCUGCAUUAACCCAUUAAAACAUUUUCCAGCAGUCUGAAGUGACUCAGCUUCA